AUGGAUGGAGGUGCUCCCUCUACUGGCUUCAAGGGCAAGAAAUGUUCUUUGUUCUGCAUUGCAGGCAUUCGCAACCGUCACUCUGAGCACGGACAAGAAUCCUCAACAUUCGGCGUCCUCACAGUCGAAUAUCGCAUACCAGCUGGCCGUUCACACGUUGCGAAGGCAGAUCAGCCAUGUUUCUACAGUAUCUCAUGUGGAUUUACUUGCGGCAAUAAUGUGCCUGGCUAUGACAGAGGUAAGUUGCUCGUUGUUUAUCCCGAGGAAUACUAUCUCACUGGCCCUCAGUUCACACGACCAAGCUCCAAAACUGCGUGGAUGUCGCAUGUUGACGGGGCAGCACAGCUGAUGCAGAUGGCUGGGCCUGAAAAAUAUUCAGCGGGAAUCGGCCAUCGCUUGUUUGUGGGAUUUCUGCCAAUCUUAGUGUUGAAAUCCUUUGGCUCUCGUACAUCAACUUUCUUGGCUCAAGCAGAAUGGCAGACGGUCCCGUUCAGAGUACACCCCCCUUCGUCCGCGCAACAGCUCUUCAGUCACGCAUCCCAAAUACCGUCCCUAUUGGAGAGAUAUGACGCAUUAUCGCAUCCUUGCCUUUUCACUCCGUCGAGAGCAGCGAUUGAUAGUCUCAAAGCAUCAUUUUCCGACGUUCUGACCACAUUAAGCGAAUGGCAUUCAGCAAUUGACAAGUUAUCGCCGCAUGCCCCAUACUGGUGGACGGAAGCGGUCGACAUGAAAGAAGUUGGCGGUGCAGAGACCGAAAGAGUCCUCGAUUUCAUCGAUAUACCAGUGGCCAAUGCUCUCACCCAUCUUUGGACCUUCCAGAUCAUCUGCCUGCAACAUCUCGAGGAGCUCGAUAUACGCUUCGAUACGAAUCCGCCAUCCCCACAUCGAGCAUCAAAUCGGCUAAAAGUAAUAUUAAAUCUGGCUGACCUCAUCCGGAAUAGUAUGGCAUACCUGAGCAAACCUGAAUUCAAACUGUUUGGACCGGCUUCAACCUUACAUCCUCUCAAGGUCGCAUACGAGGUACAACUACGCUGGGGCAAAACGUCACCUUUCCACCAAGAGAGGUUGCUCUCAUUCGAGAAGAUCCUGAGUCGCAUCGAACGGAACGGUCUAGGUCUCAUCCCGCUCUUAUGUCUACCUAAUGAAGUUAUAUAG